UGUACAUAUUUUAUUAUAGGUUACGAUUUGAAUAAAUCGUUGGAUAUCGUUUAACGCAUAUCCCACGGUUCUUUUAUAUUUUUCCGAAAUUUACUUAUGCGCGAUUGCGAUAAUUAUCGAGCGCAAUCAAUUAUUCCACAAUCGCUGAGAUUACUUAUUCUAAUCUUUCUUAAAUUAAUAAAUCAUUCACGCGUGUAUUUGCCUUCAUGCAACAGACAGUCAUAUAUCAAUCUCGCGAUAACGCGUACCAUUGAUAAACUGAUAAAAUUAACUUAUAUCUCUCAAUUAAGUGGAAUCUCGUCGAGUUAUUAGUGGCAUUGUCACGGGAUUUGAAUUGAAUUUACGAAAUGAGCGCCAAUUCCGAGUGCACGAUUUUAGUAACGGGUUUUGGCCCUUUUGAUAAAUAUAUAGUGAACGCCAGUUGGGAAGCGGUGAAGGAAUUGGAAAAACUAUGGAUAGACUCCAAAGAAUUUCCUGACAUUAAACUAAUCACAGAAGAAAUUCCAGUAUUGUACAGUUACGUAUCCACUCAGAUCCCUCAGCUUUGGAAGAAAUACAAGCCUACAAUUGUCCUACAUGUGGGUGUAUCAUGCCAAGCUGAAUCUUUAACAAUAGAGUGUCAUGCUUGCAGCAAUGGCUAUAAUAGAUUUGACAUAGACAGCAAGUGCCCUGAUGAAGCAAGUAUUGAGUGUAAUAUCUUGGAAACUGGCGUAAAUAUCAAGGAACUUUGUGAUAGUGUGAAUAAAAAUUAUGAGAAACAUAAGUGUAAAGCUUGCUUCUCACACAAUGCUGGCAGAUAUCUGUGUGAAUAUAUAUAUUAUCAAUCUCUUGUUAUUGAACCAACAAAAACUCUAUUUGUACACGUUCCAGAUUUUGACAAGUAUUCUAGUAUACAAACUGCUAAAGGCUUAAAUAUAUUCAAAUAUAUAUGCAAAAAGAAAUAUAUGAUGCUAUGUAAUGCAAUUGCCGCUGGUCUCAUCGUCGAAAAUAAUAUGAAUUCAGAGGAGAAUGAUGGAAAUAAUCAGGGUAAAGCGGAGGUUAAAAUGGAUGGAGUCAGUUUAAAGAAUGAUAAUCAAUCCAUGGACCAGAGCGCUAUGACGUCCAAAGUGCAGCUAGAGAAUGGAGCUGCUGUGGAAGAGUUGAGGUUGAACAAUAACAGCAAUGAUAUCAAGCUUGUGUUACCGUCUGUUAAGACCUCCGUCAUGUUUUCCAACGGAACAAAAACCGUACAAGCUCCUAUAUCUGAUUGUGCCAAUUCCUUGGAGCAGAAUGUUUCUCAAGACAUGUCAAACGUGAACAUAUCUUCCAUGUUUACGAGCACCGCCAACAUCAAGCCUCAGACUGCAAACACCAAUGCUAUCAAUUGUCAAUUGAAGCUCAAGACUGUCACAAAUACAAGCACAUUAAAUCUGCCUAAGUCUCAAAUGCACUUGAAUCUAUCUUCCACUCAAGCGAAUACACAUCUCAAUCAUAACUUAGCAUCGAGCGUUCUUAAUUCUACUGCAACCACCAGUGCUAUGUUACAUUCAAGUGUAUCUAUGUUAAAUGCACCAUUAAUGCCUCCUAAUUUAUCAAUGAGUAAACCAAAUGAUGACAUAGACAUGAAAAACAAUGUGGAUUAUGCAUCUGCCAUAGAGAAAUGUCCUUCUAAAGUUUCUUGCAGUUCAGAUUCUAGUCCAGAGGCUGAUUCUUCCUGGACAUCAAAGUCCUAUGGAUCUAAACGUGUAUUGAAUAAUAUAGGUGGUAGUAUAGGUUCAACAAGUCAAGGGACUUGUUGUUUUUUAAGACCUAAUAUCAAUGGCAACAGAGAAAUUGCUGGACCCAGUGGAAUACAGAGAGCUUCACAGAGAGAACAAGUGGAACGAAUGGAUUCUAGUUCUGGAAACGAAGGGGAUAUGUCUGAUGGAGAAGACUAUUGUAUUUAUACCUAUAAGGGGAAUGAUGAUGUAAUCCAUUUAAAUCAACGGGAAGAAUUACAUCAGGGUCAUGCAGAGAAUCAUGAAGCAGAGGGACAGAACCAUAGUGGUAGAUCGAGUCCAGAAAUGGAUUUUCUGGAAAUGGACUUUGAUCCUGGGCCUUCUUGCGAACAGGAUACUGGAGAUAGCGAUUUGGCCUCUAUAAAUGAAGACAUACAGAACAUAGCAUUAGAUAAUAUAGAAUCAGAUCCGGUAUUAAAUGAUCUGAGCAGUGGAAAAGUUGUAUCUAGACAAGGAUUGCUGGCUAUGCCGCAAACUUCAAAACAAAGUACACAGAAUGUUAAUCAUACGAAUUUUCAGCAAUCUGCAAAUAAUCAAUCCACAAUAGAACAAAGUACGAAACCAACUUAUUCCGCUCCAUGGAUGCCUAGUACUAGUGCUGGAACUGGAAGAUGGGAUAGUGCGACACUUUAUCGUAACACGGGUUGUCCAUUACGCGAAUCUUAUGGUUAUCAUAAUACGAGUGGUGAUCUUAUUUCUCCUGGUGAUAAUAGAGAUUCGGAUUCUGAAUUAUGGAUAGAGCCCUCGUCGGCGUCUGUCCCGGACAAUUCCACUUUGAAUGCCAGAAAAGUUAAUCUUAGUUCUACACUUUAUCAUAGAAUGAUGGCUAAAAAACUAAUGCUCAAUAAGCAAGCUGCAUUUAAUCAAAGUGGUGAUUCCAAUCUGGAAAACGAACUGUGUAAUGAACGGUUGGAUGGAUUACCGCCAGUAGAAAAGGUAAUGCUGUGGAGUGAGCAAGAAGCUACAAUGAAACAAGUAACACAAAUUGGUACCUCUGCCUGUGGUGCUACAUCUGCAAUUAAUGCUUUGCUGGCCUUAAAUGUAUCAUUUUCCCUGGAAGUAUUAGUAAAAGGUGUAAAUACGAGAUUGAGAGAACUAGGUGUAUCUCUACCGAGAUAUCUUGUCAGUCGAUCGUUAGCAGGAGCAACUCAUAAAGAUAUAGCACGAGGAAUAUCGCUGUCCACAAAUGGCGCAGCUGUAACUAAGUUUUUUGCAUUUUAUCCAGAGAGAAAAGUGUCAUUAUCUCAUUGGUUACAUUAUUGGAUUUCCAGAGGUGCUGCACCAAUCGCAACAUUGAAUUUACAACACUGUGGAGAAGGUUGCGACAUACCGGAUGCAUGGCAUCAUCAAAUGAUAUUCGGCGUAGGACAGGCUGGCAUAUAUUUAACAAAUCCUCUAGAAUGUUUACCUGAACAGCUCGUAUGGCAUCAAUUAGUUAGUCCCAGUAUCCUGUUAAUACGAAAAACAGAUGUUCUAGCGCAUUGGAAUGCAAAUACAGAUCUAACAUCACUUGCGACAAUGGACCAGAAGUGGCGAAAACUUAAUGUUCUUGGGCAAGUUGUAAAUAUGGUACGUGAGUCAAUGAGUCGAAGGCAACAGCCGAAUAACACAACUACCGGAAUGACUCACAUUCGCAUUCCGGCGUCUUAUCAAGCAGGCAUUACAUUGGUUAUGUGUGCAGAUUCCGCCGCAGCCACUGAAUUAUUACAUGCAGAACAACUACCACUACUCUAGUCCUAUUGAUCAAAAUUAAUAAAACGGACUGGCCCACUUGAUUUAUAAUACAUUUUAUUAGCAGGCUAGUCCACAUACAAUGCCCUUAUUCCUAGUUCAUUUCUGUAAAAACCAACAGGAUAGAAAUAAUUUACAUUUUUGACACAGAACGCGUUUGUAUUCAAAAAGAGAAUAUUAUUGAUUAAAAUAUAUUUCAAUAUAAUAUUUCUGUUAAUAUGUAGUUAUAUUGAUUGUAUUAAAUAUAAGCUGUAGAGAUUAAAUUUUUAUGUAUGAUACUUCAUGUAGUAACAAGCAGAUUUAUACACACAUUGAUAAAAUUGUUCAGAUUAUAUUAUUUCUACAAAGAAAAAA